AUGAUCUUCCCAGUGGCCCUCAUUUCUACGUGUUUCCUAAUUUCUGCCUGCCUGGGAUCGGAAGAAACCGGCCAUCCCCCGGAAGACGAGUGCAGAACAAACUUUGCGGAACUUCAGAAACGAUAUUCGGACCUUCAGAGCGAGGAUCUAAAACAAUAUUCCCAGAUAUCCAAAUGCCAGCAGGAUUAUUCGGACUUGGUGAAAAGCCAUUUGGAAGUGCUGAGUCAACUUAAAGAUACUGAAGUAAAAUAUGAGCAGGUGAUAAAUCAAAAAAAUGGGGAAAUCGACCUGCUAAAAAAUCAAAUUAGUGACCAAAAGAAAACAAGUGACUUUGCAAAAAAGUCGGAAUUAGAAACUGGAGAGGUCCCAACAACUCCACUGCCUAAUACUAAUAUCCACACGCCGAAAACUCAAAUCAUAGAUCCUUGUCCACGAGACCAAAGAGAAGAAAAAGUCUUCCGCGAAAUUCAGCUUCCAGGCUCAGACCUGUUUAAAGUGGCUUGUUAUAAAUUUCAGGAGCUUGGAUCUGGAUGGUUGAGGGUUUAUCAUAAACUUUCUAUUUCACCAAUAUUCACCAAUGGCACGUAUGAGGAUUAUGAGCGUGGAUUCGGAGUUGUAGGAACUGACAUGACAAAUGAAUUCUUUAUUGGACUAAAUCGAUUGGACCAUCUGACCAGUGGAAAUCCUCAUGAAGUGUUUUUAUCGACCACUUUCGGCCUUAGCAGAUGCGACAACUUUGUUUUGGGCAAUCGAAGCGAAGGUUACAAGGUGAAAAGUAUUGGCAAUUGUACUGGAGACGAUGUAUGGAUGAACCCUAAGCAGGGCUCCAAAUUUUCCACAUUCGAUCGAGAUGAGGAUGGAGUUCCUGAUCGUAAUUUGGCGCAUGAACUGGACUUUGGCUGGUGGUUCGAUCCUAGUAUGAGUACAAUUCCUACUACAAUACGGAGCACCGAAACGUAUUCAAGAUAUGGCUUUGUCGUUUUCAUCCGAAGAACAGAUUGAUAAUAACAGAAAGCCUUUUAAAACGGACUUGGAAAAUGAAAAAUUUUUGAAAACUAUAUUUUAUCUAAAUAUGCACUUAAAUUUAAUUAUAUUAUUUCUGAUAUUC